AUGAAAAUUUACCUUGAAGAAGUGGACAAAAAUGAGAGUAUAGGAACGUGGAAAUGUGUCCACUUCGAUCGGUCCGAAUAUCACAAUCAUCCUGCGUCAGAAAACCCAACCAUUCACCCGGAGCAUCGACGCCGUGAUAGGGAGCAACUGGUGUCGAGAGACCUUACUACCAAAGAUUUAAUAGCAUCCCCAAGUGCGGUUGGAAAUUCUCCGGCGGUAGUGGUUGCUACAUUUCGACAAGCUCACCCAGAAACAUCUAUUACAGCAAAGGAUAUCGCGAACCACAAAGACUCGGAUCGGCGAGCUGCCUUGGUUCAUGAUACUCCAACAGAGCUGCUCUUGAAGGAGUUGACUAGUCGCAAUAUCUUUUCAAGUACGAGUUACAUCUAG